AUGUUUGGCUGUGAGCUGAGAGAUGACGGCAGCACUGAUGGGUUCACACAGUUGGGAUAUGAUGGGAGAGAUGUCAUCUUCUUGGACAAACAGAGCGGAAUCUAUAUCCCAACCAUACAUGAGGCUCAGCUCAGCACCCAGGAAUGGAACAGCCCGGAGGUGAGAUGGGGGAAGAAACAGAAGGAUUACCUGGAGAACGAAUGUAUUGAACAAUUGAAGAAGUUAAGUGAAUAUGGAAAAGAAGAACUAGAGAGGAGAGUGCGUCCAGAGGUGAAGGUGUGGGGACGUCAUCAACCAGAUGGGCUGAUGAGACUUCAGUGCCUGGUGUACGGGUUUCACCCCCGUGCUGUGGAUGUGAAGUGGAUGAGGAAUGGGGUAGACCAUGUUCCUUCAGAUGCAAUGAGUCCAAUUCUCCCCCAUCCUGAUGGCACCUAUCAGAUCAGAGUCAGUGUGGAAGUGCCAACCAAGGAGGGAGACACUUACUCCUGUCAUGUGGAUCAUAGCAGCCUGGGGACUGAAACUCUCUAUGUGACAUGGGAACCCAACAAUGGUCCCCCAAUUACCAUGAUUGUUGGUACGAUCAUCGGCUGUCUUGUUGUUGCAGUUGCAGUUAUCAGUGGAGUCUAUCUGUAUAAGAUUCAUUCAGGAAAGAAAGGGACUGGUAAAUGUGACAUAUUUACUGAAUCCUUCCCCCACUCUCCAUCCUGA